CGUCUGGACUUCCUGGACGGCUCGCCGGUGGACCCGGCCGACCUGCGAGUGGACGUGCUGGGCCCCGGGUCGCGGUCGGGCCGCGUCCAGAUGCGGCCCGACGACAGCGGUAUCACCUGCACCUUCACACCCGACGAAAUGGGCAUGCAUCAGGUGCGCGUCUACCACGAGAAGGACCUGGUGGAUGGGUGCCCGUUCAGCGUGAGGGCCGUGCCGCUCAUCAAGCUGACGCCUCGGCCGUCCGGGAUCGACCCCUGCGCGCUCGGUUCCACCGUCGAAGUGCUGAUCAACCCGACGGAGGCGAGCGACGGCCGGAUCAUCGUGACGGCGUACUCGCCGCUGCACCGGCCGCUCGACUGCCCCGUCUCCUGCACCGACGGCGUCUACUCGGCCAAGUUCCAGCCGGACGAGGUCGGCGAGUGGAAGAUCCAUGUCACCUACGAGGGCCAGCACAUCCAGGGCUCGCCCUUCAACUGCUUCGUCUAUGAUCCGCACGCCGUCAGGGUGGGCGAACUGGAGGGCACGGAGCCGGACCGGCCGUUCACGUUCAUGGUGGACGCGCGGGACGCCGGCUGGGGGGAAGCCAGGACGGACAUCGUGUGGGAGGCGCGCUCACUGCCGCACACGCUGACCGAGAUCGAGAAGGACUUGUACCGCGUCACCGUCACGCCCCCCGACUACGGAAAGUAA